AUGAGAGCCCUAACCUGGUUAACUAUAGUUCUGGUGGCCUUGCUGGGUCACCGCACCCUGGCCCUGGAGUUCGCAGAGUGUGAAAGUGCCCCACAAAUGGGAGUUUACGUGGCCAGCUCCAGUAACUGUUCGAAGUACAUUUACUGCGCCGGACCUGGCUCCUUUGAGGCCGAGUGCCUUGAUGGUCACUUUUACGACGAGAAGCAGGAGCGAUGUCUGGAAGAGGACCUGGUUAAGAGAUGUCAACCGUUGGUAACCACAACUAAGUCGCCACCGAUGAAGCAACAACCACCACCCACAGUGGCCCCGAAGACGGAACCGCUAACCAUCACCCUGGAGGAAUUGCCCAACGCCGGACCCUGCUAUCCCUACAUGGUGUGCUACGAAGGAGCAGGCCUGACCAGAGCCUGCACUCCCGCCCAUCUGGUGUCCUGCAAUCGCCGCCAGUCGCCGGGCAUUAUCACUAGCUGCCAGUCGGGCGUGUAUGGCUUUAUGCCACAUCCCCUGAACUGCGCCUACUUCUACUACUGCUCCAGUGGUCACAAGCUACUCCAUCGUUGCCCGCUCAACUACACCUGGCACUACGAACGCAGCUCCUGCGUGCAGCAAUCCGAGAAGAAGUGCUUCUCCGAGGCCCUGCAACUGCGAAGAAGGAAGCCAACGAAGCCGGCAAAGCCCAAGGUAUAAGGCUGGC